AUGAAUAGUGAAUAGAUUGUUGUGUAAUAUAAGAAUAAAGUAGAAGAAUGUCUUUAAGGUUUUUAAUAAGAUUUAGAUGUAAGUUAUUGAAUAAUAUUAAAUGAUUAGUGCUCUUACAACAGAAUUGAUGCUUAUCUAGAUUAACUUCUUCUUGAUCCUUAUCCAUCUGUUCCAAUAAAGAAUCUUAAUUUGGCCCUACCAAUUGUAUAAAUAUCUAUACCUUCCAUAUAACCAUUACAUAAUUAAUUAAUUCAAGAACUCAAACCUAUAAUCAAUUCGACUAUUCAUAAACAAAUCAAAUUAAAAUAACAAAACAUAGAUUAACUUUAAUAAUAACUAAUUUUAUUAUAAGAUAAAGGAA